AUGCCCAAGGAGGCGAAGAAUUAUCUCAACAGUUUAUCUAAGACUGACAAAGCUGCGAUCAUGGAAAUAGCUAAGAACUUCGCCAAAUACCGAAGUGAGGAAGAGGCAUUGGCUGCCCUCAAAGCGAAAGCGCCAGAACUUGGUGAUAGAAUUGAAAAAUAUCGCCAAAAUAUCCAGACAAGGAUUGGUGCUCUCGGACCUGAAGCGAAAAAAUACGCAAACGAUUUAGUCGCUAUGGCUCGUAAGAUCCAUGUGUCCAUCGCUGAUGGUAAAAAACUCACUGCNGCUGACUUAAAAAAUAGUGUCCAGCAAGAAGUUGAUAGGUAUCAAGGGCUGUCUGAGCAGGCGAAGAGGGAACUUCGAAUGCAGUUCCCGAUAAUUCACUCCUUUGUCAAAGGUAAGAACUAA